CUCUGUCCCCACCCAUUUCGCCCCUCCGCCCUUUCGCCCCUCCCCCCACCGCCCCUAAGUGCCGCGCCCGGAGGCCCUGCCCCCCUGCUGCCAAGAUUCUCGGGCUCCUCUCGCGCCGCUGUACGCGGAUCGCCCGUCUUCCAUCGCUCGCCCGUCCUUCGUCGCUUGCUCGCCACAGCCUAGUCGCCACCCCCGCCGCCCCCGCCGCCGUCACCGUCGCGCCUGCCUCGUCGCGGUUUUUCUCCUCGCCGGCCCUUCGCCCUCCUGUCACCAUGACGCAGCUGAACUACGAGCCGAUCGAUGAGGCGACUCUGGCCGACUCGAACAUGCCGCCGAUCGCGGAGACCGAGCUGGUUCCGACGCCGGUUCGCAUGACGACCACCGCGCUGGAAUUCAAGCUUGUGGCGAAGUGCUCGACCACACGCGCGCGCGCGUCUGUCCUGUCCCUCCCGCAUGCGGACGUCCUAACCCCGGUGUUUAUGCCGGUUGGUACACAGGGCACUCUGAAGGGCAUCUCCACCAAGCAGCUGGAGGACCUGGACUGUCGCAUCAUGCUUGGCAACACCUACCACCUCGGCAACCGGCCGGGCGAGGAGGUGAUGAAGGAGAUGGGCGGUCUCCACAAAUUCCAGAACUGGAACCGCGCCCUGCUCACGGACUCCGGCGGCUUCCAGAUGGUGUCGCUGCUGAAGUUCGCUCGUGUCACCGAGGAGGGUGUCCUCUUCGAGUCGCCGCACGACGGGUCGGAGAUGCUCCUGACCCCGGAGAAGUCGGUGGAAAUCCAGAAUGGCAUCGGCGCCGACAUCCUGAUGCAACUGGACGAUGUGAUCAGCUCCACGGUCACUGGCAAGCGCGUGGAGGAGGCCAUGUACCGGUCGAUUCGCUGGCUGGACCGGUGCAUCAUGGCCCACGGCCGAGCCACCGACCAGAACAUCUUCGCCAUCAUCCAGGGCGGCCUGGAUGCCGACUUGCGGACGAUCUGCGUGCGGGAGAUGGUCAAGCGCAACACGCCGGGCUACGCCAUCGGCGGGCUCAGCGGCGGCGAGGCCAAGGAUGCUUUCUGGCGGACGGUGGCCCACACGGCCCCCCUGCUGCCGGAAAACAAGCCCAUCUACUGCAUGGGCGUCGGGUUUGCCAUUGACCUGGUCGUGUGCACGGCCCUCGGUGUGGACAUGUUCGAUUGUGUGUAUCCCACGCGCACGGCCCGCUUUGGGACGGCGCUCACCGACGCCGGGAACAUGCAGCUCAAGCACUCGAAGUAUGCCACGGACCUGCAGCCCAUUGACGCCGACUGUCCAUGCAUGACCUGCCGGACGUAUUCGCGCGCCUACCUCCACAGCAUCCUCGGCCAGGAGACCGUGGUCUGCCAUCUGCUGUCCAUCCACAAUGUGGCGUACCAGCUGCGGCUGAUGACCCGCAUGCGCGAUGCCAUCAUCGCCGAUGAGUUCCCGGCAUUCGUGCGGACCUUCAUGUCGACCAUGUUUGCCCACUCGCCCUACCCCCAGUGGAUUGUGGACUCCAUGCGCUCGGUCAAUGUCGAGCUCAAUCCCAAUCCUCAUGGCAUCACCUCGGCCGAGCGGUAGCCGGCGUGCACCCUUGCGCGCACAUGCGAACUCACCCCCUGGGGCGGCCUGCCCUUCGCCUGGCUUCUUCCCCCCAUAUACCCCCCUCUCCUACGCCCUGGGUUGGGCCAGGGCCGAAAAAUAGACCAAGAGCUGCCC